UCGAGUUGUUGAGUUCCUUCGUGCUGACAGUAGGGAUAGGCGUGAACCCUAACCCUUUUGAUUCCCAGCUAGGUCUCAAUUGUUUGAAUCAAAUCUCAAAUUGGAACAAUCCCUUCUCUCAAAAUCAAUUGCAUUCAAAGGAUUUUUGCGUGACUUUCCAGGAACUACUCAAUCGGUAGCUUAACAUGGUAAGAAAAAGCAAACAAAAAAAUUCUACUCUCAUUGAUGCGGAGCCAGACAGAAUUAGUUGCUUACCAGGUCAUGUAACAGACCAAAUUCUGUCUUUCUUGCCAAUUGAAGAAGCAGUGAGAACUAGUGUUUUAUCAAGCAAAUGGAGGAACAAAUGGUACACAAUACCAAAUCUUGUGUUUGAUCCAAAUUAUGUCUCCGAAGACCCUUCAAUUGUUGAUCAUGUACUUUUACUUCAUUCUGGGCCAAUCAACAAGUUUGAGAUCUCUGACCUCAAUCAUAUUCCCGUUAAUUCGAGUGUUGCGACUGAUAUUGAUCGGUGGAUUCUUCAUCUAAUCAGAAGGUCUAUUAAAGAGCUUGUACUGGAUCUAGUUUUGAUGGAUGAAGUACGCUAUAAGAUACCUUGGUGCUUAUUCUCUUGUCAAAGUUUAAAUCGUUUAGAGUUAUAUUCGUGUUGGCUUAAACCUCCAACAACAUUUGAAGGCUUGAGGAACUUGACAAGUCUUGAUUUGGAUCAUGUUACUAUAAAUCAAGAUCAUCUUGAAAAAUUGAUAUCCGGCUGCCCUCUGCUUGAAAAUUUGAUGUUGACAGAUAUUGACAACAUCACCCAACUUAAUGUUCAUGCGCCAAAGCUUAAGGAAUUUGACAUCUUGGGUAAUUUUGAGGAUAUUAACUUUGACAACACUUUCCAACUAGUUACGGUAUUUGUUAGUUUAAGGUUGUAUUUGGACUCUGAAAACAAUCGAAGUAGAUUGCGUGGAUGCUCUAGCAAUUUGCUCAAAUUUUUCAAUCAUCGACCUCACAUAAAAAGUCUAGUGAUUCAAAAUUAUUUUUUAAAGUAUUUGGCUGCAGGGGUUGUGCCGGUAGAGCUUCCUACACCUUGUAUCUGUUUAGGUGAUCUUUCCUUAUGCAUAAACUUCGAAGACUUAAAGGAAAUUUCGGCUGCUCUUUGCUUGCUCAGAAGCUCACAUAAUCUUCAAAAGUUAGAAAUAUCUGCACGGAUUGAGGAGGACACUGACCUUUUGACACCAACAUGCUAUUCUUGGGAAGAUAUCUUCUCGAGGCCAGCCAUGCCCAUCCAAGUGCGACAUGUGACUAUAGGUGGCAUCUCUGGUACCACAUCGGAAUUAGAUUUUAUCAAAUUUUUACUUCUAUAUUCUCCUGUGUUAGAAAAUAUGAUUGUGAAGCCCGAUAAAGAUGUCACACCUGAUUUGACAAGAGCACUAAUUCGGUUCAAAAGAGCGUCGGCAGAAGCUGAAGUUAUUUGGGAAGAAUGAUGCCAAUCAUUCUUGGUCUUUCAAAAAGGGGCAAUGAUUCAAGUUUAAUAUGUACAAACAAGUUUCAAAAUACUUUUAUCAGAUGGUUAUGAUUAGUAGGUAAUCAAAAUUUAUAUGGUUCUAACACAUGAAGGAUUUAUAUGCAGUAAUUUUUGAGAUACAAUGGAAGUAUUUUUAAUAUAUAUUUUCCUUAAUAUAUUUCCCAGUAUCAACGUA